CUAUAAUCUGUCUAAAAUUGGAAGUCUGUCAUUCGAGGCGGCUGAUUACACAAUUUAUAUGAAUUACAAAAUAAAAGUAUUUAAUAUUUGGGAUGGCCCCAAUUCGUUACAGUCUUCAUUAUGAAGAUUAUUCUGAACAUCUAAUGUCUAGAUUUGGCAAACUUUUGCAAAUGCAAUCGUUAGUAGACAUGACACUUAUGUGCAGCUCUCACACUUUGCGAGUUCAUAAAGCUGUACUUGCUGCAAGUAGCGCCUACUUUCAGGAGGUACUGCAAAAACAAACCGGUGAACCUUUGAUAAUUUUGAAAAUGAGAUUCAGUGUGUUGAAAUGUCUUGUAGAAUUUAUGUAUUGCGGGAAAACGCAGUGUUUAGAAGAAAAUCUUGACGAAUUAGUUUCUGCCGCCCAAUUUUUAAAAAUCAAGGGAUUAUCCAAGGUCACUAAAGAGGGACUUGGUAUCACGAGCCAUGGAGACCUUCCCGUGUUCACGCCACCAGUUGUUAUAAACAGACCACCGCAAUCUUUCAUCGAUUUACAUACACAGGAUAGUGAAAGCAAGCAAUCGCUCGCGCAGCCGCAAUUGACGCCCGCUGCUAGCGCUAAUCAGCCUGUGGAUCCAAUGGGCCGACCUAACAAGGACAUGGUGGUGCGGAUACCAUUCGACAUAGAAAAUGGCGGCGGCGCGGGCGCAGGCGCGGACUAUCCCGGGGGACUGCGCGCCAUCAGGCCCAGAAGAGGGCGGCCUAGUGUGAAGAGAUCGGGGUCGGGCUGGGACGGCACGGGAGCCCUGGGGCGCGCCGCGGAGCGCGCGUUGCUGCGCCGCGAGCAGGACUCCCGCAAGGCCAUACAUCAGCUGAAGCACUUGCAGACCAGACAUUUGCAGGACUACAUGGAUAGAGUCACCCUAUCUCAAGCAGUGAACAGUAUCUGCGGUCCCGAGACUUCAGGCACUCAGAACUAUAUGAAUAUUCCCAACGACCUCAUGUACACAGACCAAUCUGUCUCCUCCAACGUCCUCGACCCGACGGCAUACAAAGAUGCGAUGGGGAAUGAAACCACUUCCUCUAGCUACCCCAAUCCAGCCACAUCUUCCAACGACAACAACACCGGAAUCAGCAGUGCUAUGUCACAAUAUGUAAAUGCUCUCAAAAGCGCUGGCCUACCCACUGAUCUACCAAUCCUUUUCGAAUCCGGCGAUGGAUCCUACAUCAACGUCAAUGAACAAGUCCUACUCGACAUGGUCCAAAGCAGCGAGAUCCAAUACGAAGUGAUAGAACAACCGAAUAUCAUUGAAAAGGUUGCAGACCCCAGCGAAAUUAAGAGCAUCGAUGAUUUAUCGAAAUCUAUAGAACGAGGAGAAAUGAUGCUCGGUGGAAAGAAUUACUCAAGCAAUUACUCUAAAGAUUCUACUCAGUUCACUCAAGAAGAUGCAAUCAAUAGCUUGAAUGCGAUCUUACCAGACAAUUUGGAAUCUUUUGGUGAACAACAGAACUAUGUGGUAAUGGACUCGCGUCUACAAGAGAGUAAUAAUGCUUUGGAUAAUAUAAAUACACACGACUUGUCCUGCAUCGACGGGGAUAUGCAAUUCUUCACAAAGUCUAUGAGCGAUGACAUUAAGAAAUACUACGAAGAUCAACAACUGACUGAUUCUAGAGUGGCUGAGCAACUGUGCCCUACAAGUACUGCUCUAGAUACCAACUUUAGCAUUUCUCUAUUGGACACAAAGAGUACUCUAAAUACAAAUCAAUUUAACCCGUUAAAUACAGAUGAUCUAAGAAGAAAUGAAGAUUGUUACGACUUCGGUUUGCAGCUUCCACAAAGCACAGAUUUCAAAGAAGAUGCGUUGGAUUGCCUGAUAUCUCCGAAAAGGAAUGAUGAUAACGCCGGUUAUAAUGCCUCACAACUUGACAAGACUGCUAAGGAGAGGGAAGAAAUCAUAAAAGACUUAAUGAAUAUUGAAAACAGAUUAAACAUACAGAACGAUACAAAUGAUAAUGAUGUAAGUAAAUAUAACGCAAACGCUAACGUAGAAGACUUCAGUGCAGCGAUGGAAUUUAGUAACAACGACAAUAUGUGUAGUGAGAAAAGGAAAACCGAAAUAGAGAUAAAUUCUAAUAGCUUACAAUGGGAUAAUAUGGGCAUUAGUGAUAAGGAAAAUGAGAAUACCGAGAAUGAUAAUACUGUAGACAAGGAAACUAAUAAUAAUCAUCAUGAAGAGGACAAUGCAGAACCGAGAUUUGAAGAUCCUGUGAUAGAUUUGACAGAACCGAUUAAAGUAAAAGAUCAAUGGGGAGAAAUUCUUAACGAAAAUGAAACUAUUAACAAUGAAAAUGAACAACUUGAAACGAAUGAUAACAUCAGUACAACUUUAGAAGAAGACAUCCCUUACGCUGUAGGAUUGCUUCCUCUGAAACAAAUCGCACCAACAGAAACCAGUAGUUUGCUAAAAAGAAAAAGCUCUAUCGAUAUGGAGGUGUUCGACAAAAUUGAUGCUAAAUGUUUAAAACGUAAGGUGAAAUAUAAGAACAUGUGAAUUAAUUUGUUUUGAUAGGUAUAAUAAUAAAGAAUGUUAC